UUCUCUUUCCCGGUUCUGAGCUGGGGGAGACGCAAGGGGGAAGCCACCGAGUUGGGUGAUGCGUGCGUGAGCGCUCGGCUUUUGCUUUGGAGAUGAGCUGAGCGACCUGCAAGCCUCUGGGUGGCACCCCUGGCUCUCGGCCCUUGUAUGGAAGUCGGAGCGGAGCCUGGUGGGUGCCAGGACUGUGAGCUCAGGGCUGUCAGCCCACAGACACGACCUGGCUGCGGGCAAGUUCACCAAGCCGGAGGAGAUGGCGGCGGGAGAGAAUCCGCCGUGGGUGGGAGUCAGCAGGCAGGACCCGCCGACGGAGUACCCUCUCCCAUCAGCGCGGGGCACCGGGUGGACUGGAAACGCCUCUCACGGGGUUCUCUUGUCACCGGUCUGUGGAGCGGGUAGUGCUUCAAGAAACUUUCUGGAAUGGAAUGAAUAUGUAGCCUCUGCUUGGGGUAGGGGGUGAUGGUGUCUGAAAACAGAAACAGCGGAGGGCGAAGGGAAGGGUGAUUUUAUUAACUGACAUGUUGGUCCGGGUCGUUUUAAAACUCUUCGUUUGUCAGGUGGGAACACUGAGGCCAAGGUGGUGGCGGAAGCUUACUGAAUGGGGGUGGAUGUGAGGUGGCUCGGGCUGCGCUUGACAGUCUGCCUGAAGCCUCAUCCUCUCCCCCAUUUCCUCGUCGUCUUCCAAUGCCCGCAUCCUCCUCCCCUCCAGUUUUUGGUAUGUUCCUGCUAUGGGACUGUCCCUGAAAGCACAAAAGGAUGAGCUGGGAUCUUUGAAUAGAAAAGAGACGCUGUAGAAAGGCUCUGAAAUAGCCUCCAAACCCAAGUCAGGGUGGGGGGAAUGGACUUCUUUGCAAGUUUAAACCCAGAAUAAAGGAAUAUGAGUUCAUACUGCAGCAACACACAGAAUUGCAAGAUAGAAGGAAGGGCUUCCCGAAAUUGCAGGUUGCCGGGCAUGAAGGUUAUGCCUUCUUUCAGGGUGCAGAAGGGUCCUUCUGUCUGGAAUGGCUGGACAUGUACCUCUGUCUGGAAGCAGAGGGUGACCUUACUGGUCUUAGGGUCUUUUUUAGCCUCAAGUGCUCUGUGUGUGGUAGUUAAGGACCUAUAUCUAGAGCCAUAAGACUGGAUUCAAAUGCUGGCUCUGCCACCUGCUGACCCUGUGACCUUGGGCAAAUUCUCAGCCUCUCUAAAUGUCACUUGCCUCAAUAGAAAGUAUGCUAACAGUAUGUGCUUUUAGGAUUUUUAGGUUAGCAUGAGUGCUAUAAGGAAACAAACAACUACCUGGUAAAUAGUAUGUCCUCAGUAAACAUUAACAUUAUUAUUGAAUGUCCCUGGGAUUUCAGGAUCCUCCUAAGUUUCUUUCCCUUGGGAAAAGGGAGCUGGGAAUGUGUUGCGGGGAAGUUUGAAAGGCUACCAGUGCCAGGAAGUAAGACCCCUUUCUGGGCUGACCUUUUCUGGGCAGAACCUCUUGUACCUGACAUCCCAGGGACACGUGUGCAGACCUCAAAGCUGCUCGGAAGUCCUUUGCAAGGUCUCCAAAACUGAAAUGUUGUCAGUGGACAGAGGUUUAUGGAAGGACACAGCCCGGGAGGUGGGGGCUCCCAGCAUGCAGCCUCUGGAGGGAGAGGGUGGGCGCCCGCUCAAGUGAGCAGCACCAGCCGGUGUUCAGAUGCUGGUGAGGCUCCCUGUGAGGGCUCAGCUCUUCCCUGACUGGCAGAGGUGACUUCUGGGGAAAUCCCUCAGCAGGAGGGACUUUGAGAUGCUACUCUUAGGAUUUGGCCAUAGCAGGGGCUGCUCCUGCAGAGGGGCAAAAGGGAUGGUACUAUGUUGGGACUCCACUCUAACAGCCCUUGGGUGCGGGACAGAGGUUGGAAUGGGCUCCUCCUUUUGACUUUGAAUGUGUGUGUCUGGGAGGUGAUGAAGGUCAGUGAACAGGUUGGGGGAGUAUGGAGAAGAGAGGGGCUGGAGUGGUACCCAGAACCUGGAAGACAGUGAUUGGUGUAGACUCAGUAUCUCAGACAGCUGCUGAGCCAGCCCCGGGGAGUUCCCACUCUGUGGGAGGACCCUGGGCCGUGCUUAGCUGACUGUGGACCUUGGAUAGGGGAAGGAAGUCUGGGACUUUACUCCCACGGCUGCCUCCUCUGUCUGCCAGAUUCCGUGGUUGCAUUAUGCCUGACUACAGUGUCCCCAAAUACAGUGGGGUUCUGACUCAGAUCCUGCUGGUAGUUGAACCACUGCCCUCUAGUCUCUACCUGGCCUUGACCUAUGCUUUUUCCUUUUGGUAAUGAAGAUGGGAGGGUGGAAGGUUUGGACCCAGAGGUUGCUGUCAAGACCCUGUGGUGAGCCUGUCAGCAGAGAAGGACUUAACUCAGAAAGUGGUCAGUGGGUGGAUUUGCGUGUGUGUCCUCAACACACACACACUGGGGACAGGAGUGUAUCUGGCAGUAUGUGCCCUGGGGAAGGCUGGGGAGUUGGGGGCUUGGCUGAGGGGCAGGGGCAAAAUCAGCUUUUAGCUGCGGGCCUGUGGCUCAGCAUGUGCUGGUCUUGGAGUUGCAGAGUCCCAGACCUGGAGUGGUUUUGCGUUUAUGGCUCUGAAACAGAAAGCUGGGAUCUGGUUACAAAGCAGCAGAGGCUGCCUCGCUGAAGAUUCUGAGCCCCAUCAUCUCUCUGGCCCUCACUCCAACCUCCUGUGCCUUUGCCCUCUCCCCAGCCUGGGAGCCGGUUCCCGGGGCCUGGCAGGCUGUGUCUUCCUCCUUGGCUCUCUCUUCCUCAGCCCUGCUGGGUGCUCCCUCCUGUCCCCACAGCCUUUCUAUUUGCUGAGCCAAGAUGUGGGUGGCGGUGGGAGAUAAGGUCCAAAGAGGGCUGGGCCUGAGAUUUAAGGUAGCUCACUUCUCCAUAUCCUGUGGCUUUCUCAGGCUGGGGUGCAGGGUGCUCAGGGAGCCGUCCCCUUCCACCUGCUUCCUCGAACAGGUUAAGCAGCUUGUUUCACACAGAGUGGAUCUGAAUGGUCAAAGAGCUGCAACUGCUGAGAGCUUCCAGCUGUCCAGAAGUGUGUGUGUGUGUGUGUGUGUGUGUGUGUGUGUAUACACACAUCUUCCUAUAGGUGUGUACAUAUGUGUAUGCUGCAUGUGUGCAUAUAUGUGCCCCUUUAUGUAUAUGCAUUGUGUAUGUGUGCACACCUGUAUGUGUGUGGACACGUGCCCAUACCUGUGCAUGUCCAUGCAUGUAUGCCUGUGUGCACAUACAUGUGCAGCCUGUAUGUGUACAAGCCCACAAGUGCUUGAGUGCCUGUGUGUUUGUGUGCACAUGCGUGGAAUGUGACAGGGUGGUGAAGUUAGUGUGCAGGCAUGAGAUGGGGGCCACUCCUCUCCCCACUGCAGCCUGAGAGCGUAGAGACCCUUGGAGCCAAUUCCUUGCCUUCCUUUCCCCUCAAGCCGAGUCGCGGUACCCUCGGUGCUGGACUCCAGGCAGCCUAGAGGUUACGAGAGUGGCAGGCCCCAGCCCAGGGCCUGUCUGUCUCCCUGAGGGUGUGGCUGUGGUCUCAGUUGCUCACUCCAGAGGACUGUAGGGUUGGAGAGGCAGCUUAUGCCCAUCCCCCACAAGGCACUGCCCACGGGUGUGAGCCCAGUCUGCUGGAGGCAGCUGACCUAUUUUUCUUGGGAAUCUUCCUGCUUUUCUGUUCUCUCUUGCGUGAAUAAGCAGGAGAUGGGGCCUCCAAGAGGGCUCUGGAGAAAGGGUCCAUGUGUGCCAGGGAUGGGCUCCGGAGCCCCAGCUGGCCUGACUGUCCUUCUGAGAAGGCCCUGCUCAGCCUGGCCUUCUGUCCCCCGAGUCCCCUUGCCUCCCUUCUGGUUGUGUGUGCCCCUGAGAUGGAAUGGGGGCCAGUGACUUGCACACAGGCACAGACUGUACGAGGCGCCCACGGCCUGCGAGAGGAGCCCGAAUUUGUGACAGCAAGAGCUGGUGAGGCCGUGGUCCUGAGAUGCGACGUGAUCCACCCAGUGACGGGACAGCCCCCACCCUAUGUUGUAGAGUGGUUCAAGUUUGGGGUCCCCAUCCCUAUCUUCAUCAAGUUUGGCUACUACCCCCCGCACGUGGACCCUGAGUAUGCAGGGCGGGCCAGUCUUCAUGAUAAAGCAUCUCUGCGGCUGGAACAAGUUCGCUCUGAGGACCAGGGCUGGUACGAGUGCAAAGUGCUCAUGCUGGACCAGCAGUAUGAUACCUUCCACAAUGGCAGCUGGGUACACCUCACCAUCAACGCCCCUCCCACCUUUACAGAAACACCCCCCCAGUACAUCGAGGCCAAGGAGGGUGGUAGUAUCACCAUGACCUGCACAGCUUUUGGGAACCCCAAGCCCAUCGUCACCUGGCUCAAGGAGGGGAUGCUCCUCGGUGCUAGUGGGAAAUACCAGGUGAGUGACGGCAGCCUGACAGUGACAUCGGUCAGUCGGGAGGACAGAGGUGCUUACACCUGUCGAGCGUACAGCAUUCAAGGGGAGGCUGUCCACACGACCCACCUGCUUGUCCAAGGGCCCCCUUUCAUCGUCUCCCCUCCUGAGAACAUCACCGUCAACAUCUCCCAGGAUGCUCUGCUCACCUGCCGGGCAGAGGCGUAUCCAGGCAACCUCACCUACACCUGGUACUGGCAGGACGAGAACGUCUACUUUCAGAACGACCUGAAGCUGAGGGUGCGCAUCCUAAUCGACGGGACCCUUAUCAUCUUCCGGGUGAAGCCGGAGGACUCGGGGAAGUACACCUGUGUGCCCAGCAACAGCCUGGGGCGCUCCCCCUCCGCCUCGGCGUACCUGACGGUGCAGUACCCAGCCCGUGUCCUCAACAUGCCCCCUGUAAUUUACGUGCCCGUGGGGAUCCAUGGCUACAUCCGCUGCCCUGUGGACGCAGAACCACCGGCCACCGUGGUCAAGUGGAAUAAGGACGGCCGUCCCCUGCAGGUUGAGAAGAACCUGGGUUGGACCCUGAUGGAGGAUGGCUCCAUUCGAAUUGAGGAGGCCACAGAGGAGGCUCUUGGCACUUAUACCUGUGUGCCUUACAACACCCUGGGGACCAUGGGCCAGUCUGCCCCUGCGAGGCUUGUCCUGAAGGACCCCCCAUAUUUCACGGUGCUACCAGGCUGGGAGUACAGGCAGGAGGCCGGCCGGGAGCUGCUUAUCCCCUGCGCAGCCGCAGGGGACCCUUUUCCUGUCAUCACGUGGAGAAAGGUAGGGAAGCCCAGCAGAAGCAAGCACAGUGCCCUGCCCAGUGGGAGCCUGCAGUUCCGUGCCCUGAGUAAGGAGGACCACGGGGAGUGGGAAUGUGUUGCCACCAACGUGGUCACGAGCAUCACUGCCAGCACCCACCUCACCGUCAUCGGCACCAGCCCCCAUGCCCCGGGCAGUGUCCGGGUCCAGGUCUCCAUGACAACUGCCAACGUGUCCUGGGAACCAGGCUAUGAUGGAGGCUACGAGCAGACAUUCUCAGUUUGGUACGGACCUCUGAUGAAGCGGGCACAGUUUGGGCCCCAUGACUGGCUGUCCUUGCCAGUGCCGCUGGGACCCAGCUGGCUGCUAGUGGACACCCUGGAGCCUGAGACAGUGUACCAGUUCAGCGUCCUGGCCCAGAACAAGCUGGGAACCAGCGCCUUCAGUGAGGUGGUCACUGUGAGCACUUUAGCAUUCCCUAUUACAACUCCAGAACCCCUGGUGCUGGUCACCCCACCGAGGUGCCUCAUAGCCAAUCGGACUCAGCAGGGUGUGCUCCUGUCCUGGCUUCCGCCUGCCAACCACAGUUUUCCCAUUGACCGCUAUGUUAUGGAGUUCCGCGUCGCGGAGCGCUGGGAGAUGCUGGAUGAUGCCAUCCCCGGCACUGAUGGAGAGUUCUUUGCCAAGGAUCUGUCACAGGACACAUGGUACGAGUUCCGGGUUCUGGCCGUCAUGCAGGAUUUGAUCAGCGAGCCCAGCAACAUCGCCGGCGUCUCCAGCACAGACAUCUUCCCGCAGCCGGACCUGACCGAGGACGGGCUGGCGCGGCCUGUGCUGGCGGGAAUCGUAGCUACCAUCUGCUUCUUGGCAGCUGCCAUCCUGUUUAGCACCCUGGCCGCCUGCUUUGUCAACAAGCAGCGCAAGCGUAAGCUCAAGCGCAAAAAAGACCCUCCACUCUCCAUCACCCACUGCAGGAAGAGCCUGGAGUCUCCCUUGUCCUCUGGCAAGGUGAGCCCCGAGAGCAUCCGCACGCUCCGGGCACCGUCAGAGUCCUCGGAUGACCAGGGCCAGCCCGCAGCCAAGAGGAUGCUGAGCCCCACCCGCGAGAAGGAGCUGUCGCUGUACAAGAAGACCAAGCGGGCCAUCAGCAGCAAGAAGUACAGCGUGGCCAAAGCAGAGGCUGAGGCGGAGGCCACCACACCCAUUGAGCUCAUCAGCAGGGGCCCUGAUGGCCGCUUCGUGAUGGACCCUGCCGAGAUGGAGCCCUCGCUGAAGACCAGGCGCAUCGAGGGCUUCCCUUUCGCCGAGGAGACAGACAUGUACCCCGAGUUCCGCCAGUCAGACGAGGAGAACGAGGACCCCCUGGUGCCCACGUCUGUGGCCGCCCUGAAGUCCCAGCUCACGCCUCUGUCGUCCAGCCAGGAGUCUUACCUGCCACCACCAGCAUACAGCCCUCGGUUUCAGCCCCGUGGGCUGGAGGGUCCUGGUGGCCUGGAAGGUCGGCUCCAGGCCACGGGCCAGGCCCGGCCCCCUGCCCCACGGUCCUUCCACCAUGGCCAGUAUUAUGGGUACCUCAGCAGCAGCAGCCCUGGGGAGGUGGAGCCACCCCCGUUCUACGUGCCAGAAGUGGGCAGCCCCCUCAGCUCCGCCAUGUCGUCCCCACCCCUGCACACCGAGGGGCCCUUUGGCCACCCCACCAUCCCCGAGGAGAAUGGAGAGAACGCAUCUAAUAGCACGCUGCCCUUGACUCAGACGCCUACAGGAGGGCGCUCUCCUGAGCCCUGGGGCCGGCCAGAAUUCCCCUUUGGGGGACUGGAGACCCCAGCAAUGAUGUUCCCCCACCAGCUGCCACCCUGUGAUGUGCCCGAGAGUCUGCAGCCCAAGGCCGGCCUCCCCCGAGGACUGCCCCCCACCUCCUUGCAGGUGCCCGCGGCCUACCCGGGCAUCCUGUCUCUGGAGGCACCGAAGGCUUGGUCAGGCAAGUCGCCCGGCAGGGGCCCUGUCCCAGCGCCCCCCGCCGCCAAGUGGCAGGACAGACCUAUGCAACCUCUGGUAAGCCAAGGGCAGCUGCGACAUACAAGCCAAGGCAUGGGCAUACCCGUGCUGCCUUACCCCGAGCCGGCUGAGCCGGGGGCGCACGGCGGCCCCAGCACAUUUGGCCUGGACACCCGGUGGUAUGAGCCCCAGCCCCGGCCCCGGCCCAGCCCUCGGCAGGCCAGGCGCGCCGAGCCCAGUUUACAUCAAGUGGUGCUACAGCCUUCCAGGCUCUCACCUCUGACCCAAAGCCCCCUCAGCUCCCGCACCGGCUCCCCUGAGCUCGCCGCCCGAGCCCGGCCUCGCCCAGGCCUCCUGCAGCAGGCAGAGAUGUCAGAGAUCACCCUGCAGCCGCCAGCUGCAGUCAGCUUCUCUCGCAAGUCCACGCCGUCCACGGGCUCCCCCUCCCAGAGCAGCCGCAGCGGGAGUCCCAGCUACCGGCCCGCCAUGGGCUUCACCACACUGGCCACAGGCUACCCUUCCCCUCCACCCGGCCCCGCCCCUGCGGGGCCUGGGGACAGCUUGGACGUGUUUGGACAGACGCCUUCCCCUCGAAGGAUGGGGGAGGAAUUGCUCCGACCAGAGCCCCCACCACCCACGUUACCUACUUCAGGAACACUUCCACCUGCACCCGGGAACGCUGCUGCACCUGAGAGGCUGGAGGCUCUGAAAUACCAACGGAUAAAGAAGCCCAAAAAGUCAUCCAAGGGCUCUUCGAAGUCAAAGAAACGAUCCGAUGGUUCUGCCUCCCAGGCUCAGCAGCUUCCCAACUCUCAGGUUCUGUGGCCCGACGAAGCUGUCUGCCUCCGAAAGAAGAAGAGACACUCUCGUCCUGACCCCUUUGCCCGGCUCUCAGACUUGUGCCACCGCCAGCUUCCAGAAGACCAGACAGCGAUUCUCAACAGUGUGGACCACGAUGACCCAGGCCAUGCCACUCUGCUGUGACUCCACCUCACUCUAGGUGUCCCCUGGGCAAGGUUGCUGGGCUCAGGCAGGGAGGGCCACCGUGUGGGGGCGUGUCCUUCUCCGCCUGCCAGGGGGGGCCCAGACCUUUGUCCUGCGUGCCUGCUCUUUUGCCAGAGUGGGUGUCUCCCUCCAGAUCCUGGCCACCUGUCUUCAGGACAGAGGGCGGGCAGACUUCUUGUGGGUUGAGGUCAGGAAGUGGAUUGGAGACUGGGUGACACCUGUCUCCUCCCCUCUGCCCCCUGCUUUGCUAGAUUGAUUUUUCUCAUCUCUUCCAAUGUCUUUGGAAGUGAAGAGGAAAGCAAUGGCUUUUACUGCUCUGCUUCUGUUUUAGUUUUUCAAGUCCUGGAAGAGGGCUGGACUUAACGUCCAUCUUCCACACCCCACAUAUAUAUAGAUAUAGAUACAGAUGCAUAUGUCUGUAGUGUGUGGGUUUCUCUAUGUGUAUAUAUAUGUACAUUGAGGCAAGUGCUGUUGCACUCUGUGGUCAGUGGAGGCAGGAGGAGGAGGGCAGUGGCCAGCGGGGGUUUGUGAGCGGGGCUGGCUGUGCGUUGGCCAGGUGCCUGACAUCUGUCUUGGGGGAUUCUUUCUCCCAAAACAGGAUCCAUGCCUCUCAGCUGAAUUCUCUGUUUGUCUUCUACCUUCUCCCACCCCGAACAGAAAUGGGGCCUUGCUGUGAUUACUGGCUGCCUUCUGUGGGGGUUCAGCAAUGAGUUACUGCAGAACUAAACUCAAGCCUUUAUUUCUUGAUUCCUGGGCGCAGAAGGGGUGGCCAGGCAGCCAGACCUGCAUCUUUCUUCCAGCGCGGCUCAUGCUGCAGAAGCAGAGGCUACUCAGCCAUGGGGCUAAAACAAGCCCCUGGUGCACAAAUACAGCUCAUCCAGCGGCACCCUUCCACCCAGCCAGGCUGUGAGCUCUGUGGCCAAAGUCUCCCCUACUGCGGAGCCACCUGUGCUGGCUCCAAGCUGCCGCUCUAUUUAUACCGUCUCCGGCUCAGCACUCUCUGCAGCGCUGUUCCACAGCGGCUGAUUGGAUCCUCCUUUCCUUUUGUGGGAGCUAAUUCUCCAGAUUGAUUAAUCACCACUUGUGCGGAGCCGCCUGUGGCUUUCCCAUACUCACCAUGUGCUGUCUGCUGACUCUUCUCUGCCCUGGGGCCUUCCUCUGCCCUUGGACCAGAGGUCCUGGAGGAUGGGCCCAGGUGAAGCCAGGGCACCUUCAGCUGCUGGGGCCUGGGACACUCUGGAUCCUGCCUUCUUUGCCCAGUUCUAUUCUGUGGCUGAGGUGUAGGAAUGAAGGUGGGAGGGGUGAUGAGUAGGGUCUGGGCACUGACUCUUCCUCUGCCAAAGUCUUGUCCUGGUUCAAACUCUUAGCAUCCAGAAGCCUCGUGAGGUCAUCUUCCCACUAAGAUGUCUCUCUGCCCAUAAGAUAUGGUGCUGCCCAAGGACAGGGCAGAAGGCCCCGAGGGCGAGGCGGAGGGCAGGCCUGCUCCUCCCCCACUCUCGUGUAGGAUCCCCCUUCUGGCUUGGCCUAGAACGAAGGUUCCUUGAAGUAUUUCCUUCUCGGUGCUGCUGUCUUGGUGGGUUUGGGGGCACCCACCUCUCCCGAGUUCCCUGCUUGGACGUGAGCCACGCAGCACUAGAUGGCUUCUGCUGGUGUUAUGCAGCUGCCACGGGCUUGGCCCAGUGACCUUGCAGGAUGGGGCUUUGGAUGGCUGCUGUCUCUUCUUGGCAUUUCCAUCUUAGGUGAUGGAUUUCUUCUCUGCCACACAGGCCCUGGUCCUUUGUUUCACCCAGGGAGCUGAGGACCAGCCCACCCUGGAGGUUUACCGUGCAAGUCAUGUCACCAACGUUCCUUUCUGAACAUGUUUGAAGGGGUUGUGGUGAGAGAGGCACAGAGGGGCUUCUGAGACUGGGCCAUGCACCCUCGGGGUGGAACCUGGGCCUUCAGGCUGAUGUGCAUCUCUGGGGCAUUGGAAUCCACUUGACCACUGAGCAGCCACCCUGCAAGAGGGAAGAUCGUACAACUCUUUGUGUCCUUUUUCAAGGCAGCAAAUGCUCUGCCUCCAUGCUGUGCUGUGCAGCUCACUCGGCAUCUCUCCUGGGGGAUGAUGGGACCCAGCUUACCUGAGAUGUUGGGGUAGGAGGUGGGGGCUCCCUGUGGGCUGGUAUGCAGUCUCUGUGCACUGGCAGUGUGGGAUUUCUCCACUGCAGAGCUCAGGGGGGUCAGCCAGGCCCUGGGAUGGACUGGGAUAUGGGCAUCAGGUGGUCAACCUUCAGGAUGAAUUUGGCCAACUUUUCUGAGCACCAUCUGGGAAUUCCAGCCCUCAGGUUAGGAAAGAAGAGGAGAUGAUGAGGUAGAAGGCUUUGCUUCUUUCAGACGUGAUGAGGAGCUGAGACGCUCAGGCUGUGGCUGUGCCGUCCAGGGCAGCCCCCGUGCUAACCAAGGUGCUGACUCCUGCUUUCCUCUGACAGUGCCCGUGACCUCAGCACAUAGACCCAACAUGGGGAGCUGUGCUUUUUGCUGGUCACUGAGUGGCCGCUGUGCUGUGGCUUUCCUGGGCUAAGGCAAGGAUGUGAGGUCUACCCAUCUCUCAGUGGCCUGGAGCUCAUUCGGCUCCCAUGAGGGCUUCCUCCUGUGACAGUGUCCUUGGAGGCCAGCAGUCCUGCACCCCAUGGACUUGUGAUGGAAACUGAUGGAACACAGUCCCCUCUCUCCGUAGGAUAGAGGGUAAAGAUGCUACAGGCAUAUGCUUAGGUGCUGGGUGUGGGUGUGUGUGACAGAGUGGUUGUGAACGUGUGCGUGAUGGGGGUAUAGCCACCUCUAGGGACCAGUGUCCUCCAUAGUCUGCCUUUGAGCAAUGGCAGUGACCACUAAUCAGCUUCAUAGGACUUCUGUGCUCACUUAGUGAGAGAUUAUGAGUUCCAAACUUCCCCUUUUAUGGUCUGGUGGCCUUGGAGUAGAAGUGGCUCCAGUGAAAACCUGCUCCUGCAUCUCAGAUGUCUGCCUCUUCCUUCUGUAUCGUAGCCGGGAACUGUGGCUAUUGUAGUGUCAGGUGACCCACAGACCAGGAAGAGGGUGAAACAGUUCUUAGGGGUGUCUGUGCUUGUGUGGGGAGAGAAGACAUAUGACGAGGUGGGGAGGUGAAGGCUGUCUUGAUUUCCUGGUGGGCUGCCAAUGGGCUCCCUGGUGCCGAGUGGGGUCCUGUGCUGGAUUGUUGAGGUGGCCCUGGACCCAGCAUCCAGGAGUGGCCCUGACUGCUGCCAGCCUGCCUCUAAGCAGCUUCCUUCAAGAGACUGGGGGUAGGACAGGCCUUUUGAGAUCCUACUUUCCUAACAGGAAGGAUGCCUUUUUCCCAGCAGGCUGACGGGGUCUGUACCCUCCUUUCAGGUGGCCUAGUCCCACAACCAUGUGCUUGGGGGAAGACUGAAGCUGGGUGGAUUGAGAGCUGAGUACUUCUUGAUAUUUUUCCAUGUUCUCUGUCUUUAUUUUUGAUUUGUGGUCUAAAAUAUUUGGGGUUGAACGGAUUUAAUUUGUUUAUUCCUCUGCCCUUUUCAUGCCGAGGAAACUAGGUUAAGGUUUGAAUGUGAACUUUUCUGACUUUAUUUGGGGUGGGGGACAAGGUUGACAAAAUAGUAGCUUCUGGGGACAAACAGUCUUCAUGGAGUCUCCAGCAUCUUUGGCACUGGCCGCGAUCUGAAUCUCCAGGGCUGAAGACUGAGUGGCUGGAAUCUGUUUCUUCCCAUUUUGUUAGCAAAAGCCUUUCCAGGCUUGGGGGUGGGGUGGGAGAAGAAUUGUACAUAAAGUACAUUUUAUUAAUAUGUAGAGAAACCUAGGAAAAGAAAAGCUAAUGGUUAAUCUUGGGCUUGCUUUGCUUGCAUGUAAAGGAGCUUUGGGGGCACUGCAGGGAUGGUUGGGGGGGCUACAGGAAGGGGCAGAGGAAUGAGCUGAGCGGGUCAUGGGGUGGGGGCGCUGUGAGUCCAGCCUCUGCAGCACUUUGUAGGAGCUGUGCAUAUUCCCACCAGGGCUUCUGACCCAGCCCUGCCUGGGUAUCUUCUUCAGAUGAAGUGAAACAGGCUCUAAUAGGUGGUAUGUAGAGCCCCGUGUGGCUGUGUGUGUUGCUUUGGGGAGAGGGCUAAAGGGGUGUCUUAUUGGCCAGUUCUAGAUUGACUAGGGUAAUGGAUGGGACAGGGGUGUUUCAGGAGGAGGAGUUGGAGAACUGGAGGGUGGAGGGGAAGCCUGUGUGCUUUGACAGGUGCUGGGGAGACUGGAAGGAGCACAGAGGGUGAGGUCAGGCAUGGGUUAGGUUGGCGAGACUACCCCAGGGGAUGUCAAGUCUCAGCAUCUCUUGGAGGCAUGUGAUAACAUAGUUACUUGUAAGGGUGCAGGGUAUACACUGGGGGAUCAUCCCAAGACGACGAAGAAUGAUUGCCUGGUGGGCAUCUGGCUGGGGAGUGGCGGCCAUGCAGGGGGUGUGGGAGGGGGGCAGAGGCAUCGGGGACAGAUUGUGGGGUGGGGUCCUGCAUGUGGACCCAGACUGGAUGUUGGGAGAGGUCUUGCUUCUUAGCUAGACCUUCCUUGCUUCUUCUAGAAUUAGCCUCUGACACUAAGUGCCCAAACCAAACAUGAACAUCUUUAUAUUGUAUUUCAACUUUAUUUGUUUUUGGGGGCUCCUUAGGCCCAAAGCUGAGAGACUUGUCUUGAGAUGCCCAUUUGAUCUCCAGCUCUUCAUCAGUGGAGAAGGAAGCUCCGUUCUCAUGAGCAUCACGUUUGUUUUCAUAAGCUGCAGUGGCGGGUUGCCUCUCCGUCCACAAGCUGAAAAUGUUUGUGGGCCUUGGUGAUGGUGAUGGUGAUAGAGAGGAGGAACUGGAGCCUGACGUGCCUUCAUCACCCUUUCCUCUUGAGGUAUAGAGGCUUCCUUUAGGCCAUGAGGCUGCACAGUGGCUUAAUGAGGCCUUCUCUUUACUUUCUCUUCUUUUGAUAGAGUAAAGUCACUAGUCUGUGGUUGAAGUGGGAGGGCAAAAGAGUUUCACCUGAAACUCUUGGCUUGACCAGCCAUUCUCCUCUCUUUAAUGUCUCCAGCUCUGCUUCUUUUUAGAUUAAGAGGCAGAAUUAAAAAUCUCUUCUUUAGAAGAAGUCAGUAAACCAAGGCUCAAAGCCCAGCUUGGACUUUCGCACUCUUGCCAGCUUGCUCUUUGGCUAGGGGUACCCACCACCACCCUUCCCUCUGACUACGAGUGAAUCUGUACUGGUCCAGAGCCUUCCUUCUGAGUUCCUGUCGAUACUCUCAAAACCUUUUAGUGGCAAGUAUAAUAACCCCACCAGAUGUUCUGUGUGUUGGGUUGCCAAGAAGGUGGAAGGUUUUUUCAACCUCAUUUUAAGCUGUUAGAAAAACUCUCAGUAGAUUGAAUCUGGUCUAAAGACAUCACCGCAUUCCUUGAGGGUUCCAGUGUAGGAUGAUGACAAAUGAAUCAUCCAUACAAGGGUUUUAACAGCUGCCCACAUCUUAGAGAAAGAAGAGUCCGGGUAUCUUGGUUGCCAAAUACUCUGGUGGAACAGUGGUCAGUCAUUAAAAUCACAUGGGUGUUGUCUUCUGCAGUGGGUCAGUAGUAGUAGUUAGGGUUUUGGAUGAGAGCUGGUGAAAAGCUAGCAGCUUUGGAGCUCUGGCUGGGAGAGCUAGGUCAGACAGUGCUAGCUCAGUGGCACAAAUGCUCAGCUCCUGUCCCUGGGUCUUUGGUUGUCAUCAUUCUCAUUGCACUAGAUGGGGACAUGAAUGGCUGCCAGGGCCUGCCUUUUUUUCGGGUCUUGAAGAAGUGUGCUCCACCAAUCCUACCUCUUUGUGGCACUGGAUUUCCUGGAUUUAUUUUGGGAACUAGGUCAAACUUUCCCUCCCCACCCCAUAUACACAGCAGUCAGCUUCCCUUCCCCUGUCUUCUUUCCCCACUUCUGUGUGACUCCAGGGAUAGUGAACACGGGCAUGGUUUACGAUGGGAGAUGGUGGGAGGGGCAGGGGAUCUGGGAGGGCAGGGGGCUGGGCUGGGGAGGGGGACUUGGGUCUUUGGCCUUAGAAAUGCUACGGGUAUGCUUUUGGGCCAUAUCUGGGGUUUUCAUAUAAGUCAUGGAAGGGGCAAGUGCCCAGCCCUCCUCACGCUGGUGGUGGGACUUAGGGGUUUGGCCUCCUUUUGGCAUAGGGGUCUAUGAAACUGUAUUUCUGGUGGAGGGGAUGGACCUCCUCACAGUUAUUUUGCAGUUCUUGAAAGGGAAAUUGUCAGCCACUCUAUUAACAAGGAUUUAUAUGGCCUCCCACGAAGGAGCGGUGUGCCCUGGCCAACGGAGAAAGGGGAUUGUCUCACGUGUCCCUCUGCAGGCACCAGGUUGUCGCCCUGGUUUUGAAACCCCAACCAGCUGUCUAGUCCAGUGUUUCUUUCCUGGAUUCAGGAAGUAAGUGAAGUGUGUGUGCGUGCACAUGAUGUAUGUGUCUGUGGUGUGCUUGUUUGUAUGCUUUGUGUAUGCAUGUGUUGUAUCUGGUAUGGGUGUGGUUUGUGUUUGUGUGGUGUAUGUAGUAUGGUGUGUGGGGUGUGUGAUACCUGUAUUUGUAUAUGUGUGGUGUCUGUGGUGUAGUGUGUGUGUGUGGUAUGUGAUGUGGGUAUGUGUGGUAUGUUUUUCUGUAUGGUAUGUAAUGUGUGAUGUGAGUGUGUGGUGUGUAUACUGUGUGUGUGGUGUGUGGUCUUGGUGUGUAUGGUGUGUGUAUUGUGUGUGGCAUGUGUCUGUAGGGUGGUGUGUGUGUUCUGUGUGUUGUGUUGUGUGUGGUGUGUAUUAUGUGUGGUGUGUGUGUGGUAUCCAUGUGUGGUGUGCGUGUCUGUGUUGUGUGUGUGUGUGUUGUGUGUGAUGUGCAUGUGUGGUAUGUAUGUGGUAUGCAUGUGUGUGGUGUGUCUGUGUUGUGUGUGUAUUGUGUGUGGUGUGAUGUUUAUUAUGUGUGGUAUGGUGUUUGUAUGUGGUAUGUGUUGUGUGUCUUGUGUUGUGAGUAUUGUGUGUGGUAUACUGUAUGUGGAGUGUGUGGUGUAUGUGUCUGUGGUAUAUUUGUGUGAUGUGGGUGUGUAUCUGUGUGGCAUGUGUGUCUGUGGUAUAUGUGUGUGAUGUGGGUGUGUAUCUGUGUGGUAUGUGUGUCUGUGGUAUAUGUGUGUGAUGUGUGUAUCUGUGUGGUAUGUGUGUUGUGGGUGGUUUGGUGUGUGUGUUGUGUAUGGUGUGUUUGUGGUGUGUGUGUGUAUUGUGUGCGGUGUGGUGUGUUUGUGUGUGGUGUGGUGUAUGUCUGUGGUAUGUUGUGUGUGUUGUGUUGUGUGUAUUGUGUGGUGUGUGUGUGGUAUGGGUGUGUGAUGCGGGUGUGUGUGAUGCAGUGUGUAUCUGUGUGGUAUGUGUGUUGUGGGGUGGUUUGGUGUGUGUUUGUGGUAUAUUGCGUAUGGUGUAUGUGUGUCUGGUGUGUGUGUGAUGUGUAUGUCUGGUAUGUGUGUGUGAUAUGGGUGUGUGAUGCAGUGUGUAUCUGUGUGGUAUGUGUGUUGUGGGUGGUUUGGUGUGUGUGUUGUGUGGUAUGCGUGUGUGUUUGUGGUGCAUGUGUGUGUGUGUGUGUGGUGUGGCGCAUCUUUUGUGUGUGUGUUGUGUGUGUAUGGUGUGUGUCUGUGUGAGCGGUGUGGUGUGCGUGUAUGUGGUGUGUGUGAGAGAGAUUUGUACAGACACGCUGAUUUGCCUGCAUAGCGUCAGGCCCAGGAGACCCCCCUUUGGUUGGCUCCUUUGUUAGACAACUUCUGUUUUGGUAGGAGGGUCAAAGUAGUAAUGCACCGUCUUUAGUGUAUUUUUUAUGAAGAUUGUACAUAAAAUUAUAUAAAUCUACAGAAUUGGUUCUAUUUUAAGGAGAGAAGGGGAUGUAUGUGGGGGGCAAGGAUCAGAUGCAAUUGUGGUGACCAGGAUCUUUGGGCGAGUGGCACACGUGGGGUGUGGGGAGUGGGAGGGCAAGGGCUGAGUGCCGGGCAAGAUGUGCAGGGGCCUGUGCCCUCUGCACACACAUAUAAAUAUAAAGAAAACCUAUGUAAAGUAUAUCUCUAUAUCUAUAUGAAGUCAUAGUUCGCUUUAUUUUUGUACUUGUGCUUAGAGAUGUUUAGAGCAGUGCUAACCUCCCAGGCAGCCUGGGAUACCAGCUCAUUGCUUAGAGGUGUUGAGAGCAGUGCUGACUUCCCAGGCAGCCUGGGAUACCAGCUCAUGCCUUGAUGCCGCCGCCUUCCCUGCUCUUCCUUUGAUAUUCUCUCUGUUCAGUCAGAGUUGAUUGGAUCUUUCUGAUGGAAAUGCAUAUAUAGGGAAAGUUUGUAAAAUAACAAAACAAAUAACCCACCUGCAGGAAGGACGAGUCAGCCGAAGGUUGUGUGGAGCUGUAGGAUCUGGUAGCCCUAAAGAACCACGAUUCAUGUGUCUCUUGUCAAUUGGGAGGGAUGUUGACUUGGACUUUCUUUGCAGAGGUGCUUGACAGGGCAAGACUGAGGAAGAGAUGAAAACUGACUUUGUCCCCAUGUGACUGUGGGAAGGUGCCCAGUUUCUCAGAGAACCCAGCUUUGCAGCAUUAGAAAGCAGGUGGUUGAGACUACCUGGGGACCUGCAGUGACACCUGUCUUGGUUUGUAGCACUGUAGCUCAGACAGCUCCUAGAGGGCAUGGUGGUGGGAGAAUUUGCCAUGCUGGCUGCAUGGACUUGGUCUUGGAAAACACAUGCCCUGGGUAGUGCCACUGCAGCUUCUUAGAGCCAGUGUGAAUGUGAUAUAUAUGCUAUAAAUAUGUCAUCUAUGUUUUUUACAGUUAUUUUUAAUUGGAAAAUAAAGUGCCAUUGCAAAUGGGAUGGCCCAAUCCUGGGAGAGUGAGUGGAGGAUCAGGAGUGAGAGAUUAACUUCGGGCAGGAUUGGGAGAGUGGGUCUUAGCAGACCCUUCUUUCUGGCCUCCAGCCGGGCACUUACAGAACUUAACAAUAUAUUGGCAGAACUGGACCCAGAAUGGGAGAUUCUGGGGAGCAGGAGUUCACUUGUAUCUGAGCAGGAAGCAGUGUGCCCUGAAGAAUACCUCUCUGAGCAAAUAAAUUCCAGACCUCAUACAUAUGCAAGGGCCCUGCCUUGGAGCCUCAGCAAGUGUCUCCUGGGUGCUAGCUCCUUCCUGACUUGCUGGGAGCUCAGAGCGAUGUGUUUGAAGCCGGUGCUGGGCCAGAUGGUGCAGUCAGCGAGGAGAGAUUCAGGACUGCAACCUUUCGGCUCCUUAUUCCUGCUCGUCACUCAGCAAAGGGCAAUACUAACCCCUUUCCUAACCAAGAUGUGGCACUCCCUAAGAGCUCUGGUCUACAGAGUUCAGUCCUUAGAGGAACACAGAUAUCUUCACCGUGAGAAGGGCUUGCUUGGCAGUUUUGGGGCAUUAUGGGAAGAAUAGGUUGGGGUGAAGCUUGAGUCUAACUCUUGAUCCUUACAUGAACCUGUGAGGCCCUGCCAUUCAUUCAGGCACUGUCCUUGGGUCCCCAGAUUAACUCCUGAGAACAUUUCCCCCUUUCCAAGGAUGCUGAUGGGAAAUGGGCUCUGUCCAUGCAGCUGGAAGGGCCCAGUGCCGGGGCCACUGGCAGUGUGUCCAUCCUUGCCUUGGCUGAUCUUUCCUGCAGGCUCCUGUAGCUGGGUGUUUCUCAUAAGAAUUUUUAGGGAGAUUGAGCAAGAAGAAGAGCUGCAAAUUCUGUUCCCUUCCCAGGACAGCAGUUUCUGUAGGGAGGCUUCAAGUAUCACCGUUCUUUCGGCUCCUAGACCCAUCAUCCCCUCUCUCUCCAUGGACUUUGCCUGACUUCUGGGCCACAUGCAACCAGCAGAGUAAAUCGCUCCAGCACCAUGGGCAUGCCCUUGGGCUCACCCUCCCAUCAGGGCCAGCCCAAGGCUCAGUCCUCAGCAGCAUCAAGGUCUGGGAGAGCCACCGACCUGCAUGUCACCAUUCCAUUCCUCAGCCUCCAACUGGACUCUUUGUUUUGCAGAGGGAAAGGGAAGAUGGGGCCAUAGCCACUACCUUGAAAUUUUACAGCAUGGAGGGGAUGUUACUGCUUCCAUGUGACCUUUCUGCCCUACUGUUCAGCAAGAUGAAGUAAGGGUGGGCGUCAGAGGGGAGAAGAUAGCCCAGCAGUGACCUCCAGCUUCUCUGAAGAGCCAGCCCUUCCCAAAGGCACUUGGAGGAAAGGGCAUUGAGAUUUGCUUUAAGUGGAGUAAGGAGGAGGCCUGGUAACUGCUUGUGGCAUCGGUUGGUGUGACAGGUGGAUGAGUGUGUUCUGAUGGAGCCUUUAUGGCCCACAGCCACUGCCAGGAGCCUGAGCUCUUUUUCAUGCUUGGGACAUGCUCCUUGGUCCCCACAUAGCAGAAUGGACAUUGAAUUUUGCUGCUUUUCCCUUUUGGUAGAAGGUGGGGGUAUCUGAGGAGUUGUUUUCAUCUUUCUACCUCUGUCUGCUGUAUAGAGCAAGAGUUGGGAAUAGGUGGAUCUGCGGGAAUUGCUCUCCCGUGGGUCUGUGUGGACCCCAUCCCUCUUCCCCAUUGUCACCAACCAACAGCUUGGGGAAGAGGCCUUGUCUUGGAUUUCUGCUGCGCUUCCACUCCUCUUUGCGGUAGAUGUUCAUGUCCACCCACUUGGGCGGUCUGAAAGGAGGAGGUGGGGGAAGAGGCAAGCCUGUUCAGCACCCUUCCUGCCAGUAGGGGGUUGGCUGUGGCACUGGAGGGUGGGGUCUCAGAGUCCAGGGACUGGGAGGAGGGUGCUUUAUGGGAUAGUCUUGAUUCUGGAACUUUAGACCGCAGUGUUAGAAAGGAGAAUUGUUGGCUAGGGGAGAACAGCAGUUUAACGCUCCACUUACUAAGUUGUACAUAUCAGUUUCAAGAGGUCUUGAAGUACCAUUCAUAUUUAAUUUCCUAACUGACAUUUGUGGGGCUACUGAUAGAGGGUCUGGAAGGGGGCUUUCCCACAGCCACUGACGUGAAGGAACCACAUCCUACUUCACAUCAGUGACCCCUGGCCCUUGGUCUUCAGCGUUUUCUCUUCCGCAGGAGGGACUUUGAUUGCGGGUUAGAAUUCUCCCAUCGCACAGCUGGAGGCAAGUUUUAGAUGAGCUUCUUGCCUCCAUUUCACCUGGUGGGGGUGAGCAGGCACUGUGGGUGGGGAGGGGCUCCCGAUGCUACCUCCCCCAGACCCCUUACAAACUCUGUACCUCUCGGUGCGCGGCAGCCUCUUGCUGUAGUUCUUUUCUGGAUAUUGCUGUCAGUUUCGUUAUGAGAUUUCUUGUUCUCAUUUCGAACUCUUUCUUUCUUCCACUUUCUUUGGGGCUGACCCCCGAUCCAUGCCAGGUCUUCUUGUGAAGGCCACUCCAACCUCGUUUCCAUUUCUUGAAUGUUGAGUAUUACAACAUCACUGCGCUAGGGUGCUUCAUGGUGCUGUUCUCGAAGAGGCCAGGUGGGCAGAAUCUCCUUCCUCCCACUGGCUCCUGAUUAUCUUGCUGUAUUUUGUCUUCUUUUUGAUUUUUCCCUGGGGGUUUGGGGUGGGUGACUUAGGGGCGGCUUUUGUGUUCUCCCUGUCUCUCUCUUUUCCGUCUGUAUGUAUGGACUGGUUAAAGUGAGUUAUGGGCAGCUGACUUUAUGGUAUUGGUUGGCUGACUUUUGUUCCAUAUUAAAGACAAACCAACAAAUUGUACAGCUGCACACAGAACACCUUCGAGUGUGAACUUGAAUGGCAACUAGAGGCUUACUUUUUGAACUUCAGGUAUGUAACUCAAAAGUAAAUAAAAACACUAUUUUUUCAGUAAGCUUUUUUUUUUCUUCUAAAAGAUAACUUAGAAAUCAAACUAUAAGAACAUGAAAUCGGUGCUGUACCAAAGCCUUAUAUAAACAUAUUCUACACUCUGUAUAACUCGUCUGUGAGGAGCUCCCUGCUCUUUCACCCUCUUUUCAAAAGCCUGGGAAUGCCAGUGCGUGCCAAGCCUGGGCUGGGUCUUGGGGACCUGUGGGCUAAGGGCACCCUUGGAGGCAAAAGAUGAUGGUGAGGAUGGGACACCUUUCUCCUGCCUGAGCAGAUUCUGUGUGUGAGUGUGUGUGCGCGCACGCAUGCACACGUGCAUAUGCAUAUAUAUAUAUAUGUGUGUGUGUAUGUACUUGUGCGUAUAUGUGUGAGAGUGAGAGAGAGCGAGAGAGAGCUCACAGGUGCACAACACCAAAGUGAAUGUACUAAGUGGGAGUCUGAAGGUGACCCAGGUUGGCUCUGGGAGUGGGGCGGUGUGGGAAUGAAGGGGAGAUGCUUUCUCCCCCGUUUCCUGCCUCCUUUCCUUUGCCAUCAGGGAAGGGAGGUGUAUUGGAAACAGCUGUACUCUCAAUCAGGUGCUUUUUUCCCCCUUAAAAUCUCCAAACUCAAAGCAUUUAUAAGGGGCCCUUCCAAAGGGCAGGCACCCCCAGCCACCAAAUCACAGACUUCCAAAAGCGGGAGGAGCUUUCUCCUCCCCAGCCUUUUCUUGGUUUCCUGGGGAAGAGGGUUCUCCCUGCAGGGCCCCUGGGCACCCUGCUCCUGGGUCUGGGCCUAUAGACUGCCCUGCUCCUUCUUCCCAAACCGCUGAGACCCCAUUGGAGAUGACCCCAAAGCCACGCCUGCUCUACAACCCUAAGCAAUAAUGCCUGCCCUGGCUACUGAUGACAGUGGUCCUUUUGGCUUUAGACCUGCCAGUUAAAAAUGGAGUGACACCCCAGAUUCAAUUAGGAAGAGAACCUGCAGCCUGCCUCAGCUCAGGCUACCAUGCCAGGCUCCACUCGCUGGUAUUUUCAGGCUUGCUAAGUACUAACCAACUCAUCCCCAGUAACACUGCAUGUUCAUAUCCUGAAUUAAGAAUCAAAAUGAGCAAACAAGUGCAUAAGCAAACAAAAAGAAAAAAGAAGGCACAUCAAAUGACGCGAUGUGCAGCCAGUGAAGGUUCCCCGGGAGCGUUGCGAGUUAAACGGAUGAAAAGACGUUUAGUAUUUAAUUGCUCCUCAUGUAACAUUACUCUGCUUCAGAAAUGUUUUGUAUUUUGAUAUAAAUAAACAUUUGCU